AUGGAACAGCCUAAUGAUCACAAUAAUAAUGUUUGUAAAAUCGUUCAAUUGAAUUCAAUUGGUCAACAAAAAGUGUUGUAUAUUUUUGGUUUUUCGGACUUGCUGAUUUUGUGGGGAAAUACAGUUUUUGUCCAAAUCUGUUUUUGGUUACUUGUCCUCUGUGUCCUUUGUGUCCUUUGUGGACUUGUGUGUCUGGAGUGCUUCGGGAGCGAUUUACCAUAUCAAUACAAGGUUUUCUCUCUUACUUUUUAUGUCUUGCAACAGAAGCACAACCAAAUGGCCAAGAAGAAGGUUCUAAACAUUUAUUUUUUUAACUACACGCCAAACGGUUUCUACAUUGACAUUUCGGUGUCUGUGAAUUUCAGAAUACGUUAA